CGGGAGUCUACCCGGUCCGUCAAUAGGUCUCCCUCCGCAGUCGACGCUUCCUCUCUUCCCUCCUUUCUACGAAGAAGAUAAAUCGUCGAGGAAGAAGAAGAAGAAGAAGAAAAGGAGGAGGAGGCCGAAUCAGUCUGCAAACUUUCUAGGCUUUCGUCUCCCAAACCCUGAUCGCAAAUGGGGGGAGAUUGGCAGGAGCUGGGGCAGUCCGUUCUGCUGGGGCUCAUAUUCUCCUUCCUCGUCGCCAAGCUUUUUUCGGUCGUCUUCGCCUUCCGGGAUGAGAAUCUUAGAGUGGUCAGGGAGGAAAAGGUUGCCCUUCAAGCGACGGGCGAGGCCACCGAUUUCGUUCCUGACCCCGCUUCUGUGCCCGCAGGGCCAUCACAUGCUGCUGGAGACGGCGGGAUUAGGUCUAGCGCGGUGCCGGAGGCGCCUAAUUUUGCCGGCACCGUAGAGAGUUCUAUGGACGAACAGGACGAGGACGAUGAUUGGGAAGGAGUAGAGACCACGGAGUUGGACGAGGAAUUUACCGCUGCGACAACGUUUAUUGCAGCAGCUGCAGCGGGGGAUCAAUCUGCUCAGAAGGUCCCGACUGAUGUGCAGCUGCAGCUUUAUGGUUAUUACAAGAUUGCGACGGAGGGUCCUUGCAGAGUCCCUCAACCAUCGGCACUCAAAAUGUCUGCCCGGGCGAAAUGGAAUGCUUGGCAGAGAUUGGGUACCAUGUCUCCAGAAGAAGCAAUGCAAAACUACAUUAACAUUGUGAAUGAGCUGUAUCCUACCUGGUCAGCUGGUGGAUCUUCUCAUCACCAAUGUAAGGAAAACCGAGGUGGUGAAUCUAGCUCUCCGGGAAAAGGACCAAUGGGACCUGUUUUCAGCUCAUUGGUUCAUGAGGAAGAUUCUGAUCAUGAAUUAAAGCUGGAUGCCAUCCAUAUCUCUGCGAGGGAGGGAGACGUUGACAGCUUGUUGAAACAACUUGAACAUGGUGUUCCGGUCAAUAUAAAGGAUAGUGAUGGAAGGACCGCUCUACACUGGGCAGUAGACCGUGGCCACUUAAAUGCUGUACAACUGCUUGUGAGUAAGGAUUCAGAUGUAAAUGUGAAGGAUAAUGAAGGCCAAACACCUUUACACUAUGCAGUUUUGUGUGAGAGGCAGGGAAUCUGUGAAUAUCUUGUCAAGAAUGGUGGUGACCUUACCAUUGUGGACAAUGAUGGCAGCACACCUCGUAGUCUUUGCACUUUGAUGUGGCCAUGUAUGCAGUGAAGCAUAUUCCACAGCCUUAAUGUGACCUGUAUAUUUAUUUUUUUCUUCUUCAGUUUAAAAAUUUCACUCGCAGAACCUUCUAUACUAUCUGUAUAUAAGCUUCAUUGGUGCAAAUCUACCUACAUUGAAGUUGAUGAACA